CUGCUCUCAGCGCACCUCGGUAAAAUGGCUGUAUCUAAGUGAGCCUCGUGCUGGUGUGAUCCGUUCCUCGGCUGUAGUCUACUUCUGCAACAGAACCCCCACAAAUUCCGUGUCGGUUAAAUUUCAUUUCCCGGGAACUCGGUGCGAGAGAGUCUAAAAAACGGAGCCGACGGUGGAGUCCGGAUUCGGUCCGGCGUAAGGGGUGGGGAUGAGUCGGGACACGGGUAAAUUGUUGUAAAACUAUUGUAUUUACAUUCAAUGUUUCGCGUUUGAUUGUGACCGACUCGCCGAGAGAGGGAGAGGGGGGGGAUCAUGGCCGCUCAGGUCGCCAGCGCUACCUCUCUCAACACCAGCCCGCCUUCCGAGCUGAAAAAACCGGAUCGAGACCCAAAGGAGGAGUCGGUACCGGGGGAGAAGCAGCAGGAAAAUAAGGAGCCGGGACUCGAGAGCGGAUCUCCGGCUCGCGGGGAACUGCAGGACCGGGCCGAUGUGGGAAAUGCUGGGGGAGGAGGGGAGUCGGAGAUGAAGAACGGCAACGGGAAUCCGUCGAGGGUGAACAAUAAUCAAAAUGAGACCACUGGACCGGAGGGGAACAACCACCCCGGGAUGGUACACCAUCACGCUCCCGGGUUUCAGCCCGCUUCCUAUAGCUACGCGCAGCACUACGGCCGGGCCCCUUUUCAUCAACAUGGCGGACAACAAAGCCCUGGCAUGGCAGCUGCAGCGGGGCCAGGCGCGCUGUCGAGCAGCAUGAUGGACCCCUAUCAGCCCAACUCCCACGAUCACGGCUUCCCGAACCACCAGUACAACAGCUACAGUCCGUUCGGGAACCGAAGCCCGUAUCCGGGCCAGGGCUACGGCAUGAACUCUCCGCGCAGCGCUCCUCAAGCCCAGGCGGUAGGGGGGCAGUCAGCCAAGCAGCAGCAGCCAGCAGCGGCUGCAUCUUACAGCAAUCAGCGGUAUAACAUGGGAAACCCGCAGCCUACAUCCACCCCGACUCUCAACCAGCUCCUCACCUCACCGAGCGGUGCCCGGGGUUACCCGAAUUACCCGCCAAGCGACUACAGCGGUCAGGACGGUGCUAAGGGACCAGCAGAUAUGGGCAGCAGCGGCGGGCAGUACGGUGGGGGCCAUCCGGGUUGGCAACAAAGGACCCAUCACCCGCCACCCAUGAGUCCUGGAAGUACCGGGCAGCCCCUGGGAAGAAACCAGACUCCAGGCUCCAUGGAUCAAAUGGGGAAAAUGCGUGCUCAGCCUUAUGGGUCGGGCGGGCCUUAUUCCCAGCAGCCCCAUCAAGGGCCUCCUCCGGGGCCCCAGCAGGGGCCUGCUUACCCAGGCCAGGGCUAUGGGCCCCCUGGCCCUCAGAGAUACCCUAUGGGCAUGCAAGGACGUAUGCAGUACGGCCAGCAGAUGCCAUCAUAUGGACAGCAGGGACCAGGGGGUUAUGUACAGCAGGGUCAGCAGCCCUAUUAUGGCCAACACGGUCAGGGCCCUCACUCGGGCCAGCAGCAGUCGCCAUACCCCGGGCCUACCCCAGCUCAACCAGGAGGUCAGGGACCUUAUUCACAGCAACCUCAUGGCCCCCAGGCAUCUGGCCCACACGGACAGGCUGGUCCUCCUUACCAACAACCCCACAUGCCCCAGCAGCCACAGCAGGGGCAGAUGACCGGCCCUUCCCCGGGCCCAGCGCAGUCCCCUUACUCACAGUCUUCUGCUCCACCCCAGGCCAGCCAGUCUCCCUAUCCACAGCAACAGGUGCCUCAGUCCCAGCCCUCGCAGCAGGGGAGCUCCCAGGCUCCUCCUGCAUCCCAACCCAGUUACCCUCCUGCCCAAGGCCCCCAACAACAACAACAGCAGCAGCAGCAGCAGCCAGCGCCAACAUCACAGCAGCCACCGCAGACACCCACACCUGCUUCUCAGCCGCCCGCGGGACACGGACAGAUGCCGCAGGGACAGCCCUCAUCGUACUCCCAGAAUCCACAACAACAACAACAACAACAGCAGCAGCAGCAGCAACAACAAUCGCCGUAUCAGCGUUUUCCUCCUCCUCCUCAGGAGAUUUCCCAGGAGUCUUUUAGCUCCCAGUCCAGUGCUCCCCCCUCCGGUCCGCCUCUGGCAUCGAAGAGCAGCACAGAGGACAUACAGGGCAGACCCUCCAGUCUACCAGACCUAUCCGGUUCAAUUGAUGACCUGCCUACUGGUACAGAGGGCGCAUUGAGCCCUGGAGUUAGCACAUCUGGAGUAUCCAGCAGUCAAGGAGAACAGAGCAAUCCAGCACAGUCACCCUUCUCCCCUCACACUUCUCCCCCGGUGGGCUCUCCUGCCAGCGCCUCAGCAUCUCGUUCUGGGCCACUGUCCCCUGCCACUAUGCCAGGUAAUCAGAUGCCUCCCCGCCCUUCAAGUGGACAGUCUGAUGGUAUGAUACACCCUUCAAUAAAUCAACCUGGCAUAGGCCAAGAAAGAGGAUAUAUGCAGAGAAACCCUCAGAUGGCACCCUAUGGGUCUCCACAGUCUAGCUCUGCGUUGUCUCCUCGUCAGUCGUCUGGAGGCCAGGUGCAUGCUGGAAUGGUCUCUUAUCAGCAGAACAACUCUAUGGCAAACUAUGGGCCUCAAGGUGGUCAAUAUGGCCCACAGGGUUACCCCAGGCAGCCUGGUUACACUGGCAUGCCUAAUGCCAAUUACCCAGGCCCUGGCAUGGGCGGAUCCAUGAACCCAAUAUCUGGACAAGGAGGAGGACCAAUGUUUGCUGGCAUGCCGGCUGGAAGGAUGCCUCAUGGACAAAUGGGUGCACGUCCCUAUGGCCCCAACAUGGGUCCCAACAUGAGUCCUAAUAUGGGUCCUAAUAUGGGCAACAUGCCCCCGCAAGUGGGAACCGGGAUGUGCCCACCUCCAGGCCUCAAUAGAAAGCCACAGGACGCUGCAUCAAUGCAGCAUGCACCUGCCAAUUCGAUACACAACAGGCUACCAGGUUAUCCCAAUAUGUCUCCUGGUCCUGGUAUGAUGGGAUCAGGACCUCCAUAUGGCCCUUCCAUGAACAACAUGCCUGGAAUGAUGAAUGCCCAGGGUUCACCCUACCCUAUGGGUGGUAACAUGGCUAACAACACUAGUGGCAUGUCCCCUGGUCCGGACUUUGGUAUGGAUGGGAAGCUUAACCAAGCCCAGAAAAUGAAUAACAAAGUUGAGGGGACGCCCAAGACAGAAUCAAAAUCCAAGAAGUCCAGUUCAUCCACAACAACCAAUGAGAAGAUCACUCGGUUGUAUGAGUUAGGCCCAGAGCCAGAAAGAAAGAUGUGGGUAGAUCGUUACUUGGCUUUCAUUGAAGAAAAAGCCAUGGGCAUGAGUAACCUGCCAGCUGUGGGACGCAAGCCCCUUGAUCUCUUCCGCCUCUAUGUGUCUGUCAAGGAGAUUGGAGGUCUUACGCAGGUUAAUAAGAACAAAAAAUGGAGGGAGCUGGCCACAAAUCUGAACGUGGGGACCUCCAGCAGUGCUGCCAGCUCUCUGAAAAAGCAGUACAUUCAAUGUCUGUAUGCUUUUGAAUGUAAGAUUGAGCGUGGAGAAGACCCACCACCUGACAUUAUGACUGCAGAUAGCAAAAAGAACCAGGCCAAGAUUCAGCCUCCCUCCCCAGCUGGAUCUGGCUCUCUCCAGGGGCCACAGACGCCACAGUCCACCAGCAGCUCCAUGGCAGAAAGCGGAGACUUGAAGCCCCCAACUCCUGCCUCCACCCCGCACACCCAGAUGCCCCCAAUGCCAAGUGGCAGGAGCAGUGUGAACCUGCAAGAUCCAUUUGCUGAUAGCGACUUCUCUCGGAGAAACACUAUGACGCCAAACUCUGGCUACCAGUCAGGCAUGAGCACCCCGGAGAUGCCUGGACGCAUGGGGCCCUAUGAACCCAACAAAGACCACUUCAGUGGUAUGCGAAAAGUUGGAGAACAGUUCAUGCCAGGUGGGCAGGGUCCCAAUAGCAGUCUUGGUGAACAGUACAACAGGGGACCACCAGGCCCUAUGGGAAACAUGCCCAUGGGCCAGCGGCACCAGUAUCCAUAUGGCCCCGGCUAUGACAGGAGACCAGAGUCAGGGUUGGGUCCAGAUGGCAGCAUGGGGCCUGGAGUGCAACAGCCAAAUAUGAUGACUUCCAAUGCCGAAUCUGGGAUGUACUCCCCAAACCGUUACCCUCCACAACAACAGCGGCAUGAAUCCUAUAGUAAUCAGUAUCCUGGUCAGGGUGCGCCUCCUGGUGGCUCCUUUCCAAAUCAACAGCCUGGAAUGUACCCGCAACAACAGUCGAACUACAAAAGACCAGGUGAUGGUGCUUACCCACCAGCUAAAAGGCAUCACGACGGUGAGAUGUUCAGUGGGCCAUACAAUGCUCAGCAGCCACAGCCACCACCACAGGCUCCCCCUAGUGGCCCCUCAAGUGGUCAGGAAAUGUAUAACCAGUAUAACAGUUCCUACCCUGGCUCAGACCGUCGUCCACCUGGUCCCCAGAAUCAGUUUCCUUUCCCCUUUGGAAGAGAUCGAAUUCAAGGAGGCACAGGACCAAACUCCCAGGGUUCAUUGCCGCCUCAAAUGAUGGGCAGUCCAAUGCAGUCUGGUCCUGACGGUCCUCAAGGUGGCAUGUGGCAGGGCCGAGGUGAUAUGGGUUAUCCUAGUUUCCCCAACCGUCAGGGACCUCCUACUGGUCCCGGUCAGGGCCCUGGCUACCAUGCAAUGAACCGAUCUGAAGAUAUGAUGCCAUCUGAACCACGCAUGAAUCAUGAGGGCCAGUGGCCUGGGCCACGACAACCCCCAUAUGGUCCUAGUGGCGCAGGUCCACCAAUGAGCAGGCCCUUGCAGUCAAAUUACCAAUCUCCCCAAACCAUGCAAAACCACAUUCCACAGGUGUCAAGCCCCACUCCCAUGCCUCGGCCUAUGGAAAGCAGGACUUCUCCAAGCAAAUCAACCUACAUACCCAGCAAUAUCAAAAUGCAGAAGGCGGGACCUCCAGUGCCUGCAUCUCACAUUGUACCUUCCUCAGUACAGCCUCCAAUGAUGAGAAGAGACCUAUCCUUCCCUCCAGGCUCCAUAGAGGCAUCAUCGCCAGUUCUCAAAUCACGUAGGCGUCUUACCAUGAAAGAAAUUGGCACUCCAGAAGCAUGGAGAGUCAUGAUGUCCCUUAAAUCGGGACUGUUGGCGGAGAGUACAUGGGCUUUAGACACCAUCAACAUCUUGUUGUAUGAUGACAACAGUAUUUCAAAUUUCAACCUUAUACAGCUCCCUGGUUUCCUGGAACUAGUCGUUGAGUAUUUCCGUCGUUGCCUCAUUGAGAUCUUUGGGAUUCUGAAGGAAUAUGAAGUUGGGGACCCAGGACAAAGAGCUCUUUUAGAUCCCAGUGUGCUCAAAAAAGAUGAAAACACUGUGGAUGAUGAAGCAUUGGUUGAAGGCAUGGAGGAAGAUGGAGAAACAGAGGAGGAAGAUGAAGGAGAGGAAACGCACAGGUCAAAACAUCAGGAACAAAACACGGCACAAGGACCUCUCCAGAUAAAGCAGGAAGAAAAGCCAAGGACACUUGAAGACUCUGUGAAAAAAGAAGAUUGCCAAGGGAGUGAAGGAGAGUCAUCUGCAGAACCCAAGAUUUCAGAGCCACCGUGUCUCGAGUUGGCUGUUACUCAAGAGAAGCCCAAACAGGCUAGCAAGUUUGAUAAGCUUCCCUUGAAGAUUGUGCGAAAAAAGGAUCCAUUUGUGGUGGACUGCUCAAAUAAGCUUGGUCGGUUGCAGGAAUUUGACAGCGGCCUCCUGCACUGGAGUAUUGGUGGAGGUGAUACAACAGAACACAUUCAGACCCACUUUGAAAGCAAGAUGGAACUGUUGCACCAUCGGAAGCGUCCUCCUGUGCAGGUCACUGACAGGAAGAGAGCAGCUCAGAAGGAGAGCCAGGCACCCUCGCUGCCUUCAUCCAGUGAAGAGCAUGGAAAAGAAUCGGACCGGCAGCCCUCUCCAGAGUCAUCCACUGAGAAAGUGACCAACGGAAUUUCAGAUCUGAGGGACGACAGACCUGCUGACUUCUUAGAAACUGCCUCUCAGGGGACCUCACACAUAGAGAAAGAUGAAGAGAAACAGGAAACUGAGACAAUGGCUUCAGAAAACAUCAGGCCAGCACCUCCAAGCCCGUCAUUACAGAGUCAGCGCUCCAUCGCCGUUUUAGAAGAUGAGCCACACAGCAAGGAUGAAGCUCCUCUCGUCACGCUCUCAGACUGGCAAGACUCCCUUGCUCGUCGCUGCAUCUGUGUCUCCAACAUCGUCCGCAGCCUCUCGUUUGUCCCAGGUAAUGACUCGGAGAUGUCAAAGCAUCCAGGGCUGUUGCUACUGCUGGGCCGCCUGUUGCUUCUGCACCAUCGUCAUCCAGAGCGCAAGCAGGCGCCUUUAACCUAUGAAAAAGAAGAGGAGGUGGAUGAGAGUCUUGGUAGCAAGAAAGAUGAGUGGUGGUGGGACUGUUUGGAGGUACUGCGGGAAAAUUGCUUGGUCACUCUUGCCAACAUCUCAGGCCAGCUUGAUUUCUCUGUCUACACUGAGAGCAUCUGCCUGCCUCUGCUGGAUGGCUUGCUCCAUUGGGCCGUUUGUCCUUCAGCGGAAGCCCAAGACCCCUUCCCUAGUCUCGGGCUUAAUGGCGCCUUGUCCCCCCAGAGACUAGUCCUGGAGACCCUCUGUAAGCUCAGCAUUCAGGACAACAAUGUGGACCUCAUUCUGGCGACGCCACCUUUUAGUAGAUUAGAGAAGCUGUUCGGUAACCUGGUGCGUCUAGUGGGAGAGCGAAAGGUGCCUGUUUGUCGGGAGAUGGCGGUCGUGCUGCUGGCCAAUCUUGCGCAGGGUGACAGCCUGGCUGCCCGUGCCAUUGCGGUACAGAAGGCCAGUGUAGGGAAUCUUUUGGGCUUCUUGGAGGACAGCUUAGCGGCCACGCAGUUCCAGCAGAGCCAGGGUUCCCUACUGCACAUGCAGGGGUCACACUUUGAACCAACAAGUGUGGACAUGAUGCGGCGGGCUGCUCGGGCUCUGCUCGCUCUCGCUAAGGUGGAGGAGAACCACUCUGAGUUUACGCUGUAUGAAUCGCGGCUACUGGACCUUUCUGUCUCCCCGCUCAUGAACUCAUUGGUGUCCCAUGUCAUCUGUGAUGUACUCUUUUUGAUAGGCCAGUCAUGACAGCUGUGCGGAGCUGUUGCUCCACCUUCUCUGGUUUUCGUACUUCCCGCUCGCCUGUCCUCCCCAUCGGUGAGUGGGGAUUGAAAGCAGAGAAAAUUGACUGUUUCUUUUUUUUUUUUUUUUUUUUUUUAUUUAUGCAAGCCCUUUCAUAUUACACCCACUGGUCCCCCAUUUUCUCUGCGUUUCACUUUGGGAAGGUUGUCACGAAUUUGCUGUGGAUCAUGAACCAGAGCCUCAACACACUGACACAAACUGUAACACUGAUGCCAACUAGAUGACAUGGACAGGGACCCCAACUUUUGUGUCCUUGUCUGAGGGGAAAGUACUUUUUUAUAAUAAAAUAAAUAAAUGAAUAAAAUAAAUAGCUUGAAAAAACAAACUAUUUACCAAAGUUGCUGUCUUGUUUACAGUGAGUUUUGGGGUUAAUUGUUUCUUUGUCCUCCCCGAGAGGGUGCAAAUAAUACACAGCUCUUGUUCACGUUGACAGGUGGACUCUUCAUUGUUUGGUGGUUGUAUUUUGAUGCUACACGGUCAACCUUUCUGGAUGCGUGUACAGCAGAAAUGAGUUGUCAUUUUCUGUACAUUACUCCACAACUGUAAACAUACUGCAAACGUACUGCACUGUUCAACAUGGGGAAAAUGUUGGCUCAGUCGGCUUCGUUUUUAAACCGUUUUUAAACCAUUAGUUUGCUGGUAAGGAGAAUACCCCCCAAAGUAUCAAGGACGUACAACACCCUGACCUCUUCUCUUUAACCCUUGAUUGUAUGAAUUGACCCCUAUAAAGAAAUCACCUCCUAGGACUGGUUUUCAACUUAAGAUGCAGCCGAGGCUGUACUGUAUAUAAGAUGUUGUACAUUUUCACCUCCUUUUCUCUCUUUCUCUCCCUCUCUUUCACACACUCUUGCUUCUUAUCCCUUUUUAUCUAUCAAGAAUGAGAGCGGACACUCAAGUUGGGUUAAUUGCAUCAAAAUGCCUAGGUAUAUAAACUGAACCAUCUUUUGGCCUCCACGGUUCCUCCAUAGUGCAGCAAACAACUGAAAUAUUUUAAUUUCAUCUCCUGGUACAACAAAAUAACUCUAGAUGAAGAAACACAAUUGAGAUAUUUUUUUCUCCAGUGAUAUGAAUUCUGCAUAUUUGUAUUUCAGACUAUGUAGCUUAAUGUAAAUUCCUUGUUUUUUCCCUUUUUUGGCUCAAUGAAUAUCAUUUAUUCACUAUGAAAUCUUUAUACUAUAUGUUCCACGUGGUAAGAAUAAAUGUACAUUAAAUCUUGGUAA